AUGCCUAUUUCAUUGCUUUCUAGGCGUGCACCAUCACUUAAUUUUUUGCGAAAUUUCUCAUCCAAUAUUACCCGCCAAAACAUCGCGAAAAUUACUUUAAUUGGACGGCUGGGUGAUCGACCACAACUUGUGAAGACAGGUUCGGGACAGGAAUUACUAAAAUACUCAGUAGCUGUUAGUGGGCCAGGAGAAGAUUCUAAGCCAAGCUGGUAUCGAGUAGCAGCUUUCAUGCAAGAUGGCCGGUUAAAAGAAACCUUAUCCGCAUUAGAAAAAGGGACUUUAGUCUACGUCGAAGGUGAUACUACCAUGCGAUCAUAUGAGGAUGCAGAGGGAAGCCCUCGUGUAGCCUUGGAUAUCAUACAGCGGAAAUUUUAUAUUCUCAGCAACAAGAAUCGUGAAGAGUAA